AUAGCGAGCACCGAGACAUUUCAGAGUUGUACCAGCUCGCACUAUGAAGCCAAUAUACCCCCGGUAUGUCUUGUCGCUGUUUAUAGUGUAUGUGGUUGUAAUCAUAGCUACGACCAAUGCAACCCCACUGGUUCCAACAGAAGAAUUCACGCACCAUGCAUUCCUAGAUGAAUUUGGUCUCUACAAACUAUAUUGGAAGUUUAACCAAGAGAAGAUCACGUUCGAAGUUCACGUGAAAACAACUGGUUACGUCGGUUUUGGGUUUUCCCCAAAUGGAGGUAUGCCGGGAUCGGACAUUGUCAUUGGCUGGGUGACUAACAACGGCAAGACAAGAUUCACUGAUCGCCAUGCAAGUCAUUACGGGGAACCACGAAUUGAUGAAAAACAGGACUAUAUUCUGUUGUAUGGAAGGGAAGAGGAUGAAUACACCAUAUUGAAAUUUGAAAGAAAACUUGACACCUGUGAUGACGGGCAGGACAGAAUAAUAACGUCUGACACCAUGAGACUUAUUUGGGCCUACCAUCCUGACAAACCAGAAGAUGGCCAGCCGUUGCCAUGGCAUGGUCGCGAGAGGCGAGGAGGACGAAGCAUGUAUUUGAUGUCAGUAUCACCUGAUUUGUUUCCCAGCUUGGAGGAAGAGAACGCUAAUGUCAUUGAGUUACUGAAUGAGAAUGUAAGUGUUCCCUGGCGCCAAGAUACAACAUAUUACUGCAAAGGAUUCGCUAUCCCAAGAUUGAAUGGUAAACAUCACAUGAUAAUGUAUGAACCUGUUAUACAACAUGGUAAUGAAGCAUUGGUACACCACAUUGUAGUUUACAUGUGCCAUGGUGGCUUAAAUGAAUCAUACCAUGGUACUGAGGGCGAAUGCCGUACACCCAAUAUGCCGCCUGCAUUUGAUAACUGCAUAACUACCAUUAUAGCUUGGGCUGUCGGAGGAGGGCCAUUCUUCUUCCCGGAUGCUGCAGGAUUCUCUCUGGGAGAUGAUGGGGAUCCCACAUUCGUUAUGAUGGAGACCCACUAUGACAACCCUGAAUACAAGAGCACUUUCAUUGACAGCUCUGGUAUCAGGAUCUAUUAUACUUCAAAACUGAGGGAAUUUGAUGCAACAAUGCUUCUCAUUGGUCACCUCGUUCAGUCAAUUCAAAUUAUUCCACCAGGAAUGAGAAAAUUCACCACAAAAUCGUAUUGCUCCGGUGCAUGUACCCGUAAUGCCCUGGCAGAUCAUUCUACAAAUGAAACAACCGACUUGCAUAUGUUUGCAGGAUUCCUGCACAGCCAUUUAGCCGGAAGAGCCAUCCGCCUUCGCCAUAUUAGAGACGGCAUCGAGCUUCCUAAUAUUAUAAAAGACGAUUACUAUGAUUUUAACUAUCAGGAACUUCAUCAAUUAACACCUGAAGUUAUUUUAAAAGCGGGUGAUAGCCUGAUGGUUGAAUGCGAUUAUGAAACAAUGGGCAAAAGCAGUCCCGUAUACGGCGGCCUUGGUACAAAUGAUGAAAUGUGUCUUGUUUUUAUGUAUGCCUACCCAAGAUCUGCGUUCACAGUGUGCGUGAGUUCUCUUGCUCCUACAACUAUAGCUGAGGCAGUCAAUGUUGAAAUAAACCCAGAUAACUACCGUAUCAGAGCACCUGAACAACAUGCAAACAAAUCCAUGUUUGAAUACUUGGACUAUAUGAACUGGACUGAUGAGAUUAAAUUGGAUUUUCAAGCCAAGUACGACAAUGGACUAAUGUUUGAAUAUUGUCCACCAACUAAAUUUACUGCGAAUUCGUAUUUCAUUCCAACUCCAAUAAGAGAAACACUGCCGGAUUAUAACAGACAGUGUGAUUUGGAGGAUAAUAAUGAUGAUGGACCUGCUGAUGGCGCUGUUGGAAUUGUCGUGAAUAUGUUUUCACGAGUUCUUACUUUAAUCAUCGUGUACAUAUGGUCGAUGUAAUGAUAAAUUGGGUUGCUUUCUGUAGAGUACUCCACUAAACUGACCCUAAUAUAAACUUUUAAAAAUUAUAUAAUAUAAAUUAUAUGCACGCAAUUUACUAAUUGUUACCAAUAUUUACAUACUAACAGCAAUAAUGAGGGGGGACAAGGGUUAUUUUCGUUCAACGUAAUUGCAAUAUAUUCUGUAAUUAUGUACUCACAGGCUAGACGUACAAUGUAAUCAAUCAAAUAUUUUUUUUUGUACACUGUAAAAAUGUGUCAUUUUUCUCGGUACAUUUCCGAAACUGUAAAACGACUAGAUGACACAAUUCACUGCAAAAUUCAAUUUUCACUGUAAACUGUAAAAACUUUUUCCUUGUAAAUUGUAAAAAGCCCUUUUUAUUUCCCUUAAAACUGUACCAGCUACCCCUUGCCCCUCCCCAAUAAUAUAACACUGUUCUUAGCCUACAUGUUACUAUGUUAAUACAGUUUUCUAUAUUUUGUUAUAUAUUUUGGAUAAAAUAAAGCCGUCUGUUGCCAA